AAGGUCGGGGUGUCCCUGGACCCCAGGAAGCCGGCCAGACAGUGCGUCACGGAAGGCCUGGGUGGAAACAGUCAAAGAUAAAGGGUCGGAGGACAUCAUGGCUGAGGAGGAUGAGGAUGGAGAGGUUGUGUUCUCCACCUGUCUGCCCCAACCCCACCACCUCAGCAGGGCUGUGGUUGAGCCUCUAGAAAAGAUACUACAGCUGAUGCUACAGUGGGACCCUGUCAAGAGGGGGGGUGUGGUUCACCCCAACACCAAGAAACCUCUCUGCUUUGAGCUGCUCGACCAGCUGCUUAGUCUCAAGGUGGUACACGUGUUGAACAUGGGGACGGCACGUUUGCACUCCUUCCCGCUGUCUCCGGACGAGAGUGUGAACAGCCUCCAAACCCGGGUGGAGAGGGAGACUGGCGUGGCGGCCCGCGACCAGGAGAUCCUGCUGAAGGUCGGGGUGUCCCUGGACCCCAGGAAGCCGGCCAGACAGUGCGUCACGGAAGGCCUGAAAGACUGGGACAGCAACACGGUCUUCCUCUUUGACAAAACUCUGACCAAAUACACGGGCCCUUUCAGCACGAGGCAGCCCUCAGACAAACUCCACACUAUCAUGAUGGACCCAGAGUCCCAGAAGCCCGUGGCGUCUCUGAAGAAGGCGUGGGGAGAGGCGGUGAACCACGUGUGCAGCCUGAGGGAAGACUACUGCUGGCUCUUCCAGGGCCAGAGAGCGGCCAUGUUGAGUCUGCUUCACUACAACACCAGCCUGACGUGUCGCAACGAGGCCAUGUUUGCAGAGUCGGAUAAGCUGAAGUCCAAACUGGACUUCUUUAAGAGCUGCAUCCAGUACGACCUUGAGAAGUACAGUGACCAGAUGCACUGCGGAAUAUCCUCUGAGAAGAUGCUGAAAGCCUGGCAGAAGAGUGAGCUGGCAGCGGCCGCUCUGGAAGAGGUGGCAGAAGUGGGUCAUCUGGACGAGGAGACCGUGGCUCUGCACUCAGAGAUUGUGGAGCUGCAGAGAAGUCCUUUUGCCCGAAGUCAGACAGGCGGUCUGGACAAACUGGAGGAAGAGGCAAAAUCCUUGUUCAGGCAGCUCAAGACACAAUGCAGAAAAAAUGAGUCUGGAGUCACCAAAGACAGCUCAGAGAUGGUCCGUAUCAUCGAAGAGAGUGCCCAGGAUGAAUCCAACUUCCUCAAAGAUCUCUACUCACAUCUGGAGAAGAUUCUGAUCAGUAGACAGAAGAUCAUGGAGCUGUACCCUCGGGUCGAGCGAGCGCUGGACACGAUCCGGGAUGCGGACCGGACCGUCAUGUCCAUGCAGUCUCGGAGACAGAAGGAGGUCUGGUUCUUGCUCAAGCUCGCCUGUAGUUCUAUCCGGAACUCUCCGGCGGCAAGCCCGGAGUCUGCAAGCCAGUCGACGCCCCAUUGGAGCCCCACCCCUUCCUCCCAGCCCCCCAGUGCCGCCCACCCCCCGGUGACCCUCCCCAGCCCCAGUGACUCCACGGCCAGGCUCCUGCAGGAGAACCAGAGUAGGCUGGCCCGGUUCAGCAGCCUGCUGCAGGAGGCAGAGGACCACCAGGCCCACAGCAUUGUGGAGGACGACUGGAGUUGGAUCCAGCAUGACCCCCUAUGCAAGAAGAAGCAGCAGACACUACAGAAUGUGUAGCUGCCUGCCAUCUCACCCUAUGGUGAUGAACCUGCUCUGUGAACAUCUAGCAUCUAAUACACUACUAAGAAUGGACUUAUUCACAUUUCCGGAAAGUACUGUUUAUAGUUAUCUGUCUGUCGGACAUCACAUAGGCCGUAGAGACCACUUAGUGUGUUGUUAUUUUGUUUUCAACAAAGAAAAUGUUUACACUCUGUUUACAGUAGGAUAUAGUUAGCAUAUAGUUUGAGUAGUUGAGAUUAGGGGCGGUUAUAUAGUUGGGGGUUAGUUUCCGAAUAAUUAACUUAUAGUGGAGGGUUGGACUUAGUUGAUAAUUAUGUUAAAAGUUUAUUGGCCAUGUUUGUCAACAAACUAUCACAUGGCUAUCACAUAACACACAAUUAAAAUAAGGUGUGAUAUGUUUUUCUUAUUUAACAUUCUAUUAUUAGUAUUCUAUGUGUAAUAUGGUGGAAAAAAUCAUUUGCAUGGAAUUUUUCAUUGUGGAAAUGAUUUCUUUGUAACUCUUAAGAGUGUCGUUGUGCAAUCCAGUGGAUACACUGUAUCAAUCAGUCCCUCUGCUUUUUCGCGAUUCUGUGAGUUGCAUCCAACUGUUUAUUCAGCCGUUCGUUCUUCUUACGCGGAGAUGGCAUUUCAGAGCAAAAACUCGUUUCUAAAUUCAUGCAGUGGGUAAUUUUGAGUGAGUUGAAUAUUGGCGAAGUAAGGGCAGGAUUGGUCAAUAAAUGUGGAGUAAUCAUGGUCUCUGUUCAGUUUUCGUUAAACUGUGUUGCUAUUCUGAAUAUUAAAGCAGCAAUAAGUAGUUAUGUUCCAAAACUAGCAAGCUAACUACCUAAAAGGCAUGCAAAAACCUUGCAAACACCACCAACAGCCCAGUUGGCACUAAUAUAAGCUUGCCAACACACUAAAUGGUGUCUCUUUGCAGGGUGUCCCAACAUUAAUUUGUUUUCUAGUAGCGUAUAACUGGAUUUCUUGCUCAUUUUUUGAAAAUCGCAACCACAAAAUCUCACAAAAUAAAUCGUGAAAACCUGGAGGGACUGAUCAAUGUAAGGAAUGUUAUUAAUUUCUGUAUAAUUACAGAAUAUUUUGUCCGUGUAAUACAUGAUGUAUGUAACAAAGUAAUGAAAUUCGCCAUAUUUACAGACAAGAAAUAUUGGCGUCACUAUUAUCGUUUUCAUUUGUCAUUGUUCUGUUUACACCAGGCCCUUUCGUUUAUUUGGUGUCUGUCCUGACUUGUCUUAGGUUAGCAAGAUACUGAACAGGGGAACCGCUUCUUUUUGUAUGGAUAAAUUACACUUCUCUUCUGUGCAAGAUAUUCUGUCUGUUCGUCUGAUCAUACAACCAGCAGCUGUAACAAUAAACGGUUGACUUCACUUCA